GUGGCAACUUUCGUUGAUGAAGGGCAGAUCGUUUGCUCCGUUUAUGGCGCUGUGGGCGUCAAUAUCUGGCGAACGAAUGACUUCGCUCCUCCGGACAUUGGUGAUAUUGUUCGGUUCAAGGUGAUCGAUAUCCGAGUGCAUCGAAAAGUGUUGCAGUUGAUCGGAAACUUUGUCUCAUCUCGGAAAUGGUCUGAUUCAGAUGACGACAAUGCGUCGUACACCGCUUCGUUUGAUUUCCUCGGCGUUGAUGUGUCGCAACCUGUAAGCAAGGUAAAAGGCGUGAAGAGAAGAAAAAAUACGAAAAAUUGA